AAGUGUUUCGUGACGUCAGGUGGACAGAUUAACUUUGAUAACACGUUGAAAUAGCGUUAGUGAGCAAUUUAAAACAGAGUCGGUGGUCAGACUCAACCAUUCUCUCUCAACGACAAUACUACGCGGGUUUUCUGUAUAUGUUUUAAUUUAACGCCUUUGAGAGAAGUGAGAAAGGCCAAUUACACCUUCGGGAAGCGAUAAAAAGCGAUUUCGCAGCCCAUAGGAUCUAGGUGCUAUGACGUAAUUCGUGAUUGUUUUGGUUAAUAUUACGGGAUGGACAAUGAAUGAAAUUCGAAUUCCCUCGGGCCGAGUAAAUAUUGAAUUUCCAGCCGAGACGGCAAUGGACGUAAAUGGAGAGAUGGCUGAAGCACUGUCCACGGUGGAAAACAGCGACAAUUCACCGCCAGUUGAUGGCAUUUUCGCUGCCGAAUGUAUCUUGAAAAAACGAACCCGAAAGGGUAAAAUCGAGUACUUGGUGAAGUGGAAGGGAUGGUCUGCAAAACACAACACCUGGGAGCCGGCCGAUAAUAUCCUUGACGCUCGACUGCUUUUGGCGUAUGAAAACAGCCGAAGACGAAGAGGAAAACGCUCAAGGUGGCAGCGAGGGAUUGCAACAACUUCUAACAAAAAGCCGAGAAUCGAAACGGGUCCAAAUUUCCUCAUGAGAGGCGAUGCGAAUUCACUGGAGUGGGAUGGCAUUGAAGACGAAGACUGCAGAGGAAGCUUGCAUGAAAGCGACAGCAGUGAUUCUAGUUUUGUUGGUGAUGAUGCUGCAAGCAACGAAUUUGAAUUCAAUGGCACUGAAGUUAAUCCGCCAGCGUGUUUGCAUUCUCCACAUCAAGUUCUUGGCCCGGAUUUAAGUUUAUCAAGCUCGGAUGCAGCACCGCGCUUACAGAGCACCCAAACAGGAAAACCUCUGGGAAACCACAAAAUGACAACACUCAACGUUAAUGACGCGGGAAGUUCUCGGGAAAAAUACACCAAUGAUUCCAACUCUGAGCUUCCGAAUGGGCCGAUUUCUGGAGAAGUAGAGGAGGAUUUCUCCCUGAGCAAAGCUGCUAUCCCUCAGGAGACGAAAUUAAAGAUCAAUUCGGAAGGAUUAAACGGUAAUGAUGAAAAAGGCUCUCUCUGGGGUAGUACAUCCGGUAAACCAUGGCGUGAAGCCGUGAAAGUUCCCGAUAAGAUUUAUCUCGACUCAGCAGAACGUGAAAUCACGAAAACAGCUUCACAGAAACGUCGAGACGGCAUAAGCGAUGCUGAAACUGGCAGCAACGGGGAAUUGAAACAAAUGACAAUGAAAAUGAACGGCGAGAACUUUGUCAAUGCAUGCUCCGUUACGGCGGACUUUGACAAAGGCAACCACGCAAAAUCUAGCAAGUCAGGCAAAAUUUUUCGCGGUGAAGGCGGCCAGAAUCAGACUGCUACAGCCAUCAGUGGCUCCGAUGGAUUUUAUAGAAGUUUUCCAUCGCAAAAUAAACAGCGCCGAAACGGAGAGUUGCUUGUCUCGGAGAUGACGGAAAAUACAUAUGCUUCUCGCGCUUGCCUACCAAGCGAGAAUGAACACUCCACAAAAUCUACGCCAAUUGAAAGCUGGAGGAAGCCUUUGAUUGACCAGAUCUUCAUUACUGAUGUAACAUCAAACUUUGUUACAGUUACGGUGAAAGAGUGUUUAACUGAUAAAGGGUUCUUUCGGCAAAGGUGAAACGCAGAUAUCAUGAAUCCGCUUGUCAGCUAAAACUACUACCAGCCAGCGAGAGUUUCAUUUCCCAGUGCAUCUGUUCACAGACGUGGAUGUGUAUACAGUUGUCAACAAUUUUACGGUCGCUUGAUGACCUUUGCGCCAUGCUAAUGGAUCAUUUGAGCAUGGAUUGAGCGUUCUUACAUUCAGUUCGUUACCUUACAAUAGGCUAGAAGAGUAAAAACAACGAAACCUUUGCAACAUCUUUGACGUCGCGUGUCGUAACUGUUCCGAAAUUGACUAGAUUCAUUCCCACGGUAGCUUUGAAGUUGUACGAGUUCAUUGUUGGGUUUUUCUGUUGGAUUUGUGGUUGUCGUUUUGAUUAAAUCUAACUUAUAAAGCAAGCAUCAAUGCUUAAAUCAAAACAUAGGGGCCACGAUUAAACACAUAUGCGAUGUCUGCCAGCUUAUUGAAACAUCGGGAAAUCAACAACCACGUCUUCUCGAGACCCCACAAAAAAACAAAUUGUGUUAGAUCAAACUACAGGUAAACUGAAAGUUUAGUUGUAAAUUCUAGAACGCUGUAAAUAAAACUGUUCUCCCGCUGGCACGAGCUCUCUGUCGUCGAUGAUCACAAAGGAUCCGAACUGUGAGCAAACUAAGUUGUUCUCAUUUACAUCAACCAGCAGAAAUAUGGGGAGAAAAUUUUGAGAUCUUUUCCAUAAAGCAAAGUUUUAUCCUUAGUCCACUACAGUUCACACAUACGUGUUUGGAGUGAACAUUGUUUGUUAAGCCACGAAGCCGGCAUUAUAAGUUUUUUUUAAUAAAAACAUAGGAUAAACCAGCAAAGAAAAACGGCGAAAAAUUAAAGUAGCGUAUAUGAUCUUAGCUUCGCGAAUGAAGACUUGAAAUCGUCAUUGACAGCGUUAUUAAAAACGCCAUACUUUGUAAUGAAAACAAGUAAAUUGAAGAUUGUUAGAUAUUUCCAGAAUGCACUUAAUCCUCGAUUUGAAAUCUUACGAAUUUUUUGAUAAGCCAUACAGAAUUAUUCGAUACGUGUCUUGUUGAAUAUUUCAGUCGGGGAGAUUAAAUAAAACUGCCUACAUGUGUGGGCGCUAUGUGUAGGUCCAAAGCGGCCGUUGAGUUAAAGUUGUGUACAGAAGACGUGUAUUAACCGAAAUAAAAGUUAACAUU